UGGAGGAAUCAAGGAGAGGCAGAUAUGAGAAAUGAGAUGUCCUGAUAGUGCUACACAGUGCUCCUCUUCCACUUCGACUGAAUGCUGCUGUUUUAUUUAAGUCCGUCGGGGGCGAUAGAGAGCACUGACGUGGCGUCGAGCGCCAGAUUUGCUCUGGCCAGAAAGCGUCGCUUUUGUGAUGUCACACCCUUGUGUUAUGGAGAAAAAAAAGAGCUCACGCUUUUGAAAGUCUAUGCUUGAACCGUGUAGCCCCGAUUCGGAACCAUGGCUACACGUCUCACAGAUCUACUUGGGAACACCCGGAUCAUUACCGGAUUGCUGGUGAAUUUAUUCUCGUCCAUAUGUAUCGUGUUCAUCAACAAAUGGAUCUAUGUGCAUUACGGAUUUCCCAACAUGACUUUAACCCUCGUACAUUUUGUGGUAACGUGGCUAGGGCUAUACGUGUGCCAGAAAAUGGACAUAUUCGCUCCCAAGAGUCUGCGACCGUCCAAAGUAAUUCUCCUGGCACUCAGCUUUUGUGGAUUCGUUGCCUUCACCAACCUCUCUCUCCAGAACAACACUAUUGGCACGUAUCAGCUCGCAAAAGCCAUGACGACUCCUGUCAUCAUUGUCAUACAAACGGUGUAUUACAGAAAGACAUUUUCCACGAAAAUAAAGUUGACACUGGUUCCCAUUACACUGGGGGUCAUCCUGAAUUCUUACUAUGAUGUCAGGUUCAAUCUCAUGGGCAUGGUGUUUGCUACACUGGGUGUUUUGGUCACUUCACUUUAUCAAGUGUGGGUGGGAGCAAAGCAGCACGAGCUGCAGGUGAACUCCAUGCAGCUGCUGUACUACCAGGCCCCCAUGUCCUCGGCUUUCCUGCUGCCUCUCUUGCCCUUCUUCGAACCCCUCACUGGGGAGGGGGGCAUCUUCGGCCCUUGGUCCCUGCAGGCUCUGGCCAUGGUGCUGUUAUCAGGGCUGAUUGCCUUCUUGGUGAACUUGUCCAUUUACUGGAUCAUUGGGAACACCUCAGCUGUCACCUAUAACAUGUUUGGGCACUUUAAGUUCUGCAUCACGUUGCUGGGGGGCUACGUACUCUUCCAGGACCCUCUUUCUCUCAACCAGGGCUUGGGAAUCGCCUGCACGCUGGUGGGCAUCCUGUCCUACACCCAUUUCAAGCUGGCCGAGCAGGAGGAAGGCAAGAGCCGGCUCGCUCAAAGGCCAUAGGACACCUGGAACGCCAGUCACUGAUCUUGCCACUGUGGUUGGCCAGUCUCCAGAUUGCACACUCCCCCAGAUAAUGCACAUUUAACAGGGGGUGAGGAAAGGAGCAGGAUGAGGAGCAUUGGCUGGGAGGUACAGAGAGAGAAGACCUUACGCUUGAUAAUUGGGAUGGUUUUUGGGAGGUUUUGAACUUUUAAUGAAUGAAGUUUUACAGGUACAACAAUGAAUGUUAAGGUUUAUAUGCCUGGGGUGAUGGUACUCCCAAAUUUAAAUUCACUUAAGAAGAAUGUCAAUCAUGAUGUGUGGAGGUUUUUCUUUAUGCAUCCGUACUAUCAUGAACCAAUGCUUUCACUCAAUGUGAACAAUUUUCUUUUAAAGGAGCAGAAUGUGUUUUUUCUUGUCAAAUAAUAAAAUAGCUUCCAGACCAACUGCAAUAAUGUAACUCUGAAGGACCAGUACUGAAGCAGUGUUGCUGAUUAUUAUUGUGCAUUCUAUGUGUCCUCAUUCUUUGCUUCAGCUGUUAUCAGUUCAUAUAUGUUGACAGCUGAAAAACAAGUGUAAUAAAAUGCAUGAAAACAGAGAAACAAUAUGCAUAGAAUACAUAAACAAUGAUGAAGUAAACUUUUUUGCCUUCAGCAUUACAUCAUGGCAUGUCUUGAAGCAUUUCUAUUUUUUUCAGAGCAAAUACAGUAAACUGCCCCUUUAAUGUUGGACAGAUGUUCAGAGUAUUUCUUAUGGUGUCAUUAUUUAAUGAUGUCUUUUCAUACACUAAACUAUACAAUAAAAGUAUUUUAUUGAA